CUAUGCCAUGUGGUGAGCACAUGCAAUGGAAUGGAUGGAUGCUAUCUGCCCGUCCCCCUGUCCGACAGGCUCUGUCUGUGCCUCGCUAUCGCCGAAGCGUGGGGCGUCGGCGUCAUCGCCUCGCCACCACCACCACCACCGACCUCAUCCCCGCCACUUCCACGUGCACCCCGGCCCCCGCCCCCGUCACCGUCACCGUCCAUGGCCGAUAGCUGCAGGGUGGUCUCGAUUGUCCUCCGCUCCUCCUCCUCCCUCUCGGCCGUCUCCAUCGACAGCUGCAGCGCGUCCUGGAGGAUGCGGUCGCUGUCGCUGUCAGAUGUGGAGUCGCCCAGGCCCUGCCACUCCGAUUGCCGUGGCGGAAUGUGCAGACAGUCGAUUGGCUGUGCCCCGGCGCUGCGUGACCGCCUUCUCCUCUGCUGAUGGUGUGGCUGCUGGUUGUGGUGCUGCUGGUGGCCGUUGGAUGGCUCGCGCGUCCGUCUGUGUGGGUGGGGGUGGGGGUCGCUCGACUGUGACCGUCUUGGCCUCCCCCUCUGGUGGUCGGUGUUACAGCGGCCGGUGGUCAGCGUCACUCUCGACCGCUCGUGUGGGGGGACGGGGGGCGGCAGCGGCACCACAAUCGGCUCCAGAGCCCUCUCGGGCCGUGUGUGUCGCCUGUCGCGCCUCAUGUGCUGCAGCUGCUGCUGGUGCAGUGCGAGAGACGCACGGAUGGCCACGCGGAGCUCCUCCUCUUCACGCCUGCGCGCCGCCUCGCUCCGUGAGUUGCGCCGGGAGUUGCGGGCAGACCCACCGGCCGAUGAUGCGGACGUGCCUGACCGGCCGCCGCCUCUGCUCGUCCGCCGCUGUGUGUCGCCACCCACGGCCGACCGAGCCGCUGACGCACGGACCUUCUUGGGUCUGUGAAGAAUGGCAACACAGAGGUGUGUGUUGCGUGUGUGCGUGUCUUGGCUUCUUCUUCGGCUGCUCACCUCAGGCAGCAGAAUAGGAAAGAUGAGAGGCAGGAGAGGAGGAGCAAGCCAAUGGCGCCCAGCAGGCCGACCAGCACUGAGGCUGACCAUAGCAGGCACAGACACACAGAUAGCAGCAGGAGGCAUGAGAAUGACGGCGCCUUAUGUGUGUGUGUGUGAAGGCAUACAGGGUAUGGCGUCUCUGAUGGGCUUGGGCACCCAGCUGAUGAUCUUCUCCACCAAACCCAGCUCUGGACAUUGGCCACAAACACAUCAGACGUAUGCCAGAGGCUCCACACAUCUGAUGUGCACGUGUGUGUGUGUCUGCCCGACCUUCCUCCUCCGUCAGCCCUUCCAGCUUGUAAUCCUCUGUGCGAACAAACCACACACGAACACGCAAAAGACGAGACCGUGAGACCCCCUCAGCCCUUCUGUGUGCCCCACCCUCUCUCUGUGCCCUCACUCACCAAUGUGUGCCACCUCGGCAUAGUCACCAAAGUUGCCCUGCCUGAGUGAGCUGCUGGGGUUGCGCAGCUCCUGCUGCAGCACCACUAUGGCCUCGGCCGCACUCGGCUCCGUCUGCCUGAGCGUCUUGUCCUUGGAGGGCACCACCCUGAAGUGGAUCUUGAGGGGCGUGCUGUCCGUGUCGACGCUGAUGUCCUUGAUGCGGCCGUGGGAGAUGCCCAGGGCGCGGGCGACGGACGCGUGGAAGAGCUCCUGGAAGGCCUCGAUGGACCCCAGCUUGGACUUGAUCUUCUCGACGUCCAUCAGCACUGACAUGGUGGCCUGACGGGCGGGCAGGGGAAGGAAAGAAACAAUGGAGACGUGUGAGUGUUUGUUGUGUAUGAAGUUGCUGCUGUUGCUUCAGUGUGGGCGUAUUACCACGACGAUGGGCUGCCCCUGCACACAAGUGCGGCCGUCGCCCACGUAGCCCUUGAUGCAGGCGCAGAAGUAACCACCCUGAUCACACACGCACACACACACACACACAGAGAGAGAGAGAGAGAGAGCGCUAUCCAUACGUGUCGCGUGUCUCAUCCACCCACUCAUCCACAAAACCUGUGUUGUGUGUACCUGUGUGUUGAUGCACUUGGUGUUCUGCCCGCACGCCGCCAGGCCGGAUGAGCACUCAUCGACGUCCUCGCAGAGGCCCCCGUUGACCACAUAGCCCUCCGCACACCCGCAGUCAUAUCCCCCCUCCGUGUUGACGCACGACACACCAGAAGGGCACAGCUCGCUCGGCUGGUCGCUCGCGCGGUCCGCCUCGCACUCAUCGAUGUCGCGACACACCUCAAAGCCAUCGCCCUCAUAGCCCGCGGGGCACUCGCAGGUGUAAGACCCCUCCGUGUUGGUGCACACGGCCUUCUCGUGACACACGCCUUCGGUGCCUUUCCUCUCGCCCACCGAGAGCACCAUGGCGAUGCUGCCGUUGCCGCUGCCUGGCGGACGGGAUGGCCGGCCGGAGCCUGACGACCACCCGCGGCACUCGUUGACAUCCUGGCAGUGCUGCCCGUCGCCCUUGAAGCCCGCGGGGCAGCUGCAUGUGAAGGGCGGCCCCUCGCUGCCGGCGACCGGGCGGCAGUCGGCGUUGGGGUGGCAUGUGUCGCAUGAGUCCACCUCGGUGGACGACUGCAGGGACAGGUUCGUGCCGUCGAUGCCCGACGUGCCGAAGCAAUCGCCGCCGUCAAAGUCAUACCUGCACACACAGACAAAGAAAGGGACAGAAUAAUGAGACAAGGGUAGGGUGCUUUCUCGUCCAUGGUGCUGUCUGUGUCAGUCAGGUCAGGGCCUGCCCGACUCACUUGGUGGUGUUGCAGACUUGGUCGCACACAUCGUCCCCGAUCCACUCCAUCGAGCAGUGCGGCCCGUGGCUGUCAUCGCUGUCGCCUGCCUCCCCGUCCUCACCCGAUGAGGGCGACGGCGGCGUCCGCAGCUUCACCUCAGCCAGGUGCACCUGGUGCUUGUCAAACGCAUCUUGAGCGAAGAAACCCAGGAAGGCCUUGGAAGGGAACACCCCCGAGGCGCGCAUGUCCUCGCUGGUGGCGGCCGCGGCCUCCUCCUUGCUGCGGAGCGGCACUGGGCGGAUUGUAAGCUCGCCAACGGUGUCUGGCUCGCCCCACAGGAAGAGCUCCUCGCUCAGGUCAGGCUGCAGCAGAAAGUCGGUGGCAUUGGUGGGCAGUGAGUAGAGAAUGGGUCUUAGGAUGCCGCCCUGCUGGAAGGAGAGCUCGCCGAGCACGUCGUUCUCGCUGACGAACAGUGUCUUGGUGGUCUGGCCGUUGGUGCGGUCGUAGGUGAGCUCCAAGAAGGCCUCCAGGAAGUGACCGUCGCGGAGGUCACGGGGAGUGCGGUAGUACUUGAAGGGAAUGCUCACGUACUCCUUCUGCACACCCACACGCACAGACGACACACACACGGUCAGCCCAGCACAUCGAUAAGUCACUCGUGCGGUCCGUCUGUGUGACCUUGGUGUUGGAGGCCUCUCUCUGCUUCUCGGUGGCGAACAGCCAUGAGCGGUGUACGAGUUGGUCCUGGCCGUCGACAGCAGGUGGAGCGGGUCUGGGGUCCUUGCUGUCCUGUGCCAGGUGGUGCUGGCUCAUCUGCCACACCUCGCCGCGCCACCAGCCCGUCAGCUCGGUGCCGCGGCCACCCGCCAGCUCACUCUGGAGGGUCUCGCCCACACUCGCCACAAACACGCGGUCGCUGCCCGCCUUCAUCAGCGGACCUGGUGGGUCAAGGAAUGAUUCGAAUCAACAGGACGGGCAGUGUGUAUCGUUCGCCUCUUCUGCUCGUCUGGUCUGGUCACCUUUGAAUACGAGAGAGAAGACGACAGUGGAAGGCACUCGUGCGUGUAAGUAGUAGAUAUGUUGGGAGGCGUCGUACAUGAGCCGCCCGUCGUGGACGCCGAAGUCCUGAUCCCGGUCGACGAGGGUGGCCGUGGUAUCCUGUGUGACGGAGUUGGAUGGCCCCGCCCAGCAGACGGAGCCCUCCUCGCUGUUGACGACGCUCUUGACGAACGACGAGUAGGUGGUGCGGAUCUGGCGGAAGAACUCCUGCUGCCAGAUGUAACCCACCACGGGCUGGUCACACGUCACCUAAACACCACACACCCAUGCAUACACAACGAAGUCACUUCCCCUCCUCUCCCCUCUGUCUGUCUUUGUCUCACUCUCACCUGUAGGUUCGAGUCCGGGAAGAAUAUGUUGACUCCCGUGAAUCGCGCGUAGGGCUCCUUAUCGACCUCGAGCAGCACCAUCUGUGAGUAGAACCGCCGCACCUCCACCACCUGCCGCUGCAGCGUCUCGUCAACCUGGUUCAGCUGCAGAGCCGACCCGAGCUUGUCCAGGAAGUCGCCCAGGUCGAUGCAGCCACACAAGCCGAUCAUACGACAGCCGGGGAGGGAGUAGGCCUGGCUGGCGGCCUUCUGGACCAGCACGCUGACGCCCUUGCCGCCGCAUGAGUAGAGCGACUCGAGAAGGGUCUCAAACUGCUUCUUGAAGAUGUUGAAGUCGCGGAUGGCGAUCAGCGACAUGGUCAACGGGUGGCUGCGCACAUGGCUCUGUGUAGAGCAAAUAAGGGACAGGGAGAGGCGGGAUGACGACACGACAUGCAUCCAUUCUCGCAGACUUGUGUGCCACCCAUCGCAUCUCACCUCAUAGCCUUGCAGGAGGCUCUCGCCGUAUUCGUAAGCCGUGGCAGCCCGCAGACCGUCAGCCGCACGAACAGUAGGGCGCAGGUACCUGACAACACCCACACAUACGCACACACAAGCCGUGCCUGCCUGUCUGUCUGUCUGUCUGUGGGCGGUUUCUUCGGUUCUCCCCCCUACGUACCUCCAGUUCCAUCCGUGUCCUGGUUCGUUCUCCUCGCUGGCCAUGAAGUAGUGCGUGAAGGGCCCCAGGCUCUCUAUCACAUUGUACGACGACAUCAGACACGCAUCGAAGCCCAGAAAGGCAAACUUCAAGGGCAGCGCCCCGUUGCCCUGCCCCGUCUGCUGCGCCUUGUGCACUUCGGUCGCCGUCAGGCCGUCACGCACGCCCUUCACAAUCGACUGCAGCGACAUGGACCGCCCGUCGCGGUUGCCGUCGUCCUCGCCGAACCCCGCCCACGCCGAGCCAUGGUUCCUGCGGGGCGUGAGAAGGGGUGCGUGUGGGUGUUGUCCAGUUGGUGUGUGUGUGUGCGUGUCACGUACCACAGCGUGAGUGCGAAGUGUUCAGCGGGGAAGUCGUCGAUGGAUCGUGUGAUGAAGCUCGACAGCACGUCGGGGUCGUUCAUGUCAAUCUGAUUGACCAGGACCACAUACACACGCACACACACACACACACACGCACAGGGCACAUCACAUGAAUGCGAUACACGUGCACGAACAAGAAGCACUUGGUUUCCCUUGAGGUCUCACCUCUCCAUGGUCGCGCAGCAGGAGCCAUUCGAACUGGUUGCUCUCGCCGUUCCACACCAUCAGCAGCUCAUAGGCCCGCUCAAACUGCAGACGGAUGUCGCGCUGCGGGGUCGAGUCUGUCAGGCCGGACAAGGGGCAGGCGUGGACGCGGCCGAUGGGGCUGUUGGUGUGCCCCUGGGCACGGUCGAUGAGCACCACCAAUGUCAGCUGGCCCUCGAACAGCGGCCGGCGCAUCUCCUUGAGGUCCCAUAGUGCCGACAUCUCGAGGUUGUUGUCUGCGUGCAUGAACACGAGGUGCGUCCAGUGGGACUUUUUGUAGCUGCCGCCCUUGGUCCGCUUCAUGAGGGUGCCGCACACGCCACUCUCGGGCACACUCUCCUUGACCGAAGGCGGCUGCUCGUCCUCGGUGCUGCUCGCCACAAGUGUCGCCUCCUCCUCCCCUCGCUCUGUCGCGUCACUCUCUUGUUGCUGCUGGUCCUCCUCUGGCUGUUGUGUCUGUUGCUCGACUCCAUCCUCCCUCUCUCCGUCUUGCUGCCCCCCAUCAUCUGGCGGCGCCCCCUGGCUGUUGUUGGCAUCGCACCUGCCGGUGCCGUCGGUGUAGACAGGAACGAACACCCGUCCCUCGUCGCAGCUGAAACAGUUGUCGUCGGCCUUUGGGCAGCAGUCCUUUCUGCAGGUCAUGCAGGUGGGGUGGCAGUGGCCGGGCAUCUCCUCCUCGCUCGUCUUGGGCGUGCAGAUGCCAGUGCCGUCCGUGUACUGGAUGGCCAGAAUGGACCCCUCGGGACACGACAGGCAGUUGUCGUACUUGCCCCUGCAGCAGUCGGCCCUGCACGUAUCGCAUGACUCGUGGCAGUGGCCGGGCUUCUUGGCGUUGGAGGUCGACGGGGUGGGCUCGUGGUCAGACGCACUCGACAGCUGCUCGUCGCAAUGGUCCCAGUAGCCCAGGAAGUUGCUUUGGCAACGACACGACCCCUUGCCGCAGUGAAACUCGUCCACGUAGCACCUGACAGAGCAAAGGGACGCACAAGUCAAUUAGCCACCGAUCUGCGUUGCUGUCCGGUGUCUGCCUGGGUGUCGGUACCAACCAUGGCUUCUCCUCGAGCAGCGACGGCGCGCAUGGGUUGCCGAACAAACGCGGAGCACAGGGACACCCUGACACGCACACCGAGCAUCUCUCUGUGCCCUUGUGCACCAUGCAGUGCGCUCACGCCUUCUCACCUGAGUUGCUCUCGAGGGCUGCGAUCUCUCGCAGCAGGACCAGCACAGCGGUGAGGGCCACCAAGCGCCACGACCACCGAGGCGCCAUCGCUGGCACCUUUGAUGAUGAGGCAGGGCGCCCUCCCGCUAUCGUCUCCAACUAUCCAGCGCAGCGAGAUCAGGAUUCAGAACAGGACCGCGGCUGACGGCAGGGCAUUGCCGAAAAUAUCAGGCUGGAAGUCCCGGCAAUACAGCUGGCAAAACACGCG